AUGUUCAGGAGAGUCGCAGCAGCCGUGCCUGCCCAGGCCGGACGAGUACUUGCAACCGCCGCGAGACCCAGCAUCGCAUCGCCCAUCCGCACAGCAGCAUCUGCAGUAUCAGCAGUCGGAAGGCGGCAAUACCACGAGAAAGAUAACAAUUCACUGCUCGACCACUACAACAGGCCACGAAAUGUCGGUUCAAUGUCAAAGACUGAUAGCGAUGUCGGCACUGGACUCGUCGGCGCACCCGCGUGUGGCGAUGUUAUGAAGCUCCAGAUCCGAGUCGACCCCAACAACAACACCAUCAGCGAUGUUAAGUUCAAGACAUUCGGAUGUGGCAGUGCAAUCGCCAGCUCGAGUUAUCUGACCGAGUUGGUCCGGGGCAUGACAUUGGAGGAUGCGGCGCGGAUUAAGAACACAGAGAUUGCCAAAGAGCUCUGCCUACCACCUGUAAAGCUACACUGCUCUAUGCUUGCCGAGGAUGCCAUCAAAUCCGCCAUCUCCAACUACUACACCAAGAACCCCAAGGCACGACAAACAGAUCUGGGCGGCAAAUCGGCGCCGUUGCCAAAGGUUGAAGUCGAGACUGUGUCCUCUGCGGCAGCCUAAGAAGUAUGUUGAGCAUAAAUUGAUACCGAAGACACCAAGGGAAAAGACGAAAAAUGGCCUAUGGAGAAACCUGAUGUUUAGUCUCUCGUUACUCAAUGUAUCGAUUAGGGCAAGGGCGUUUGUGCGUUAUGAUGGUGGGCUUAUUGUACAGGCAAGCCGAAAGAAUACGUAAAUUAUCAUCGCAAUGAACAAAAACACUUGAAAAUUGACAUGUAUCCGCUUGGCUUAUUCGUGAAGUUUGUGUGAUGUAUUCGAGAGAGGAAAAGAAUGUU